AUUGUUCACGUCUUUGCGGUUAAAAGUUCUUCCAACAAUGUCAUAUCCAAGAUAUAAUUAUACUUUACUCUACGAAUUAUGGACUACACCUAAGCCUAUAGAGAUGCACAUGCCUGUUUUUGAAAAACAUUAUAAAUUCCAUUAUUUACCUUUGGUUCUGGUUGCUAAAUUAUUGAUAUACAUUUGUAUUAGAUAUAUUUGUUUUAAUCUUUUAUGCAGAUGUGAAGAAAAGGAUGAUGAAGCACCCGAGGUGGUGACUGUACGCAAUCCGCAUCCACCCGGCAUCUAUCCGCCCAUCCCAAUGCCGCCGAUCCCAAAGCGUCCUCCAACUACGACAGCUUCUCCGGCACAGACGAAUGGUAAUGUAACCGUUCAAAUGCCAAUGCCUCAUCUCUCAAAAGACCAGCGUCAACCACCGCCCCAACAAAUCCAUGGUGGUGGGGAAUCCAUGGCUACGAGAAACAGUCCGCCUAAAAUCCCAACUUCGGGAAAUAAACCAAAAACGAGAGUUUAGAGAUCCAAGAUUCUUGGUGCUUUUCUUAAAUUAAAUCCAUUGAUUGCCUAGAUGCCUAGAGAGCUAGACUAUGUUUUCUCUAUUAGUUUUUGAUUACUAUGGAAUUUUUUAGGUGGUACAUUCGUUUUCAUUGAGUCUUACCGCAUAUAGACAACAAAU